AUGGGCGCCUGGGAAACUGAGGAGGAGACCGACCCAGUGGUGUCGUUGCCGGCCCGCAACCCUUCGAUACGCAACCAGUCCGACUCCUUGCAGACAACGCUUUUGAACACCACCAAGGAAACCCGGUCAUUGAAACGUCAACUGGCACUUCUGGAAGGCGGAACCUCUUCUGCUUUGGAUCAACUAGCGAAAGAGCGCGAUGAAGCUGUGGAAUCUGCAAACGACACCAAGAAGAGGCUAGAGACUGCGCAGAAGAAACUGCGAAACCAGGAGGAGGAUAUCGAGCGCGUCCAUCAGCAAUGGACGAAGGAGAAGGAUGAGCACGAGGAGGAAAAGCGGAAGCUCGAGGUCCGCGUUCAUGUCGCUGAAAGCCGUCUGAAGUUGGUCCUUGAUGAGGUUACUGCGUUCCAAGCUGCGCAGACAUCCGCUACCCUUGAUCGCCCUAAGAGUGCGGCGGGCAGCGAGACCGGACAAGAAAACGAUGGCGCAAGCGUCCGAACUCUCAGCUUGACCAACAGCAUCCGGUUCUCUACUGUCAGUGCAAUGAUGAAGCCGACUGGCAAUACCUUGGCAGACGAGCUUGAUUUCGAUGGAGACUACGAGGAUGAAAGCGACUACGGUGGCCGUCAGAGUGUCUUGUCUAACCGUGGGCACAUGCGGACGACAAGCCGUGACAGCGCGUUCGUGCGGUUUUUGGGCCGUGAGAGCGGCCACAUGCGAAAUGGAAGCCGCGAUACCCUUUUCUCCAUCAAGACACACCGAAGACACCAAAGUACCGAAAGCCUUCUCAGAUCUGCUAGCAUUAAUCGUGGAAAGCUGUCUCUGAACCAGUCCACUCUUGAUAGACUGGAAGGCUCCGUGAUCAAGGAGGACGAGGAGUUGCAGCCGCAAAUACCGAAGCCGACUUACGUCGAUACUGGAAUCCAAUACUCGCCGCCUCCUUCCCCCAAGAUUGCAUCAAUCGAACCAUCGACUCCUCAACCGGCCCUAGCCCUUUCUCACCAACUAUACGAGAGGCCAUCUGACGUCGAUAGCCCACCUCGCACCGACACCGAAUCUGAGUUAAACCAAAAAAGAAAGAGGGUUCACCUUGGCGGUCCGCUGUCAAUCAAGACACCCAACACGCAGAACUUGAUGGUGAACGGAGCGACGCAAACCAACGCGGAGCCACUCAGCCCACCUCGAACACCAAAGUUGCCAGUUCAGGAAUCACUACCCAUACCCCAAGCGACCCCGUCUACUAUGGUCACUUCUUCCACCGCAAACCGACAUUCCUUCCGUUCAGCUGCAGCCACCAGCUCCUGA